AUGAGGAGAGUAAUUCAAGAAUUUAUGGAGCCAACUAUAGAGAGGAUAACAAGGGAUAGAGAAAUGUCAGCACUACUGAGCAAGAGAUUGGAUCAUGUUUAAAAAAAGUUUGAAGUAAUAGAAAAUGCAGUCAUCAAGAGUGGAACAAACACAACAGUAUUUGAUGAGAUUAACAUAACUAUUGCUGAAAAUGAAAAGCAUAGGAAAAUUGCCUAUGAGUUGAUCAAGCAGGAAAUGCAAAACGUCUCUAAGUAGACCUUAGAUUAGGCAUUUAUAGCUGAACAGCAGGCGAAACUGAUAAAAAAUUUGCAAAACAAAAUGGACGAUAGGAAAACUGAUAUGAUCAAUCUCAAUGAUGAAUUAGUGCAAUAUAAGAAAGAAGUGAAGUAAAGUAUUCUAGAAGUCAAGACAUAUGCUGAUUCAAAGGAAAUAUCUUUUCAAAAAGAAAUUAGGCUGGUUCAUAUAGAGCUAGAGAAUAUGCAAUUGGAAUAAAAGAAAGUGGUCUAACAGUCAGAAAUGUCUAAUAAGCAAAUGCAGAGAGUUUUAGGCGAAAUGGACAAAUUGAAUCAAUAGAUUUAGAUUCUUUCAGCUGAGAAAUUAGCUAUAAUGGACUAUGAGAUUUUUUAAGCAGAUAUUAAGCAGUAGCUGUACAAUGUUAACACAGUCAUGGAUGAAUUCUCAAAUGAAUUUCUAAGACUUGAAAACUAUAUAGAAAAAUAUAUACCUCUAAGAGUAUAGAAUUCAAUCUGUGAAACUCUUGAGAAUGUGCUCUCGAUUAAAGAUAAAGCAAAACUUAGGGAUUUUGAAGAAAAGAAAUUCUACGAACUAAGAAAUCUAAUAAUCGAGGACAAGGGUUUGCCAAAUUUAAUUGAAGAGAUUCGAGGUAUUAUUUCGAGUGCAGGCAAAUAUGAUCCUAAUUUUAAUAAGAUGCUUGCAGGAGAAGAUAUUGAGCCUGAAGCUUAGGGAAUGCAAGAGGAAAGAUUAAUAAGACAUAAGCAUAUGCACAUUAUUAGCUAAAAUAUGAUGAAGCUAAAUCCAACUGAUUACAAGGAAAAGCGUAAAGAUAUGAGUGAGCUCAAAAAAAUCAUGGAAGAAAACAACAAUAACGAUGACUUUGCAAAUACCUAGUCAUUUGAAGGGUAAUCUCUCGUAAGUUUCUAGAAGGUGUAACAUGGAGAUGAGUCUAGCUAAUUCAAAUCACAAGAUCACCAAGAAUCGACAUUUGAAAAGUUGAUUAAAUAGCCAAUGAAAUCUGGUAUGAACAAGAUGAAUGCCUUUUAAGUGCAAAUGAGAAACGCAAUUAUUAAGAUGAAACUAGAUGAUGCAAUAAAACAGAUUGUGGAAAGAAUUAAGAUAGAAAGUGGAUAGAUGUUGGAGUACGGAUAAAACUGUCAGACACAGUUGGAUAAACAGCAGAUGAAGAUGGAGAAAUACGAGGAGAGGCUUAAAUUAGUUUAUAAGAUGGAAAUCCAUAACAUCAAUGAGCACUUAUAACUUAAGAGAGACUCCAAUGCAGUAAUCAAAUACUCUGACUAGAGAGAAUAUGAGCCAGGUCAUUUGGAAUAAAUAAAGAAACAGCUAUAUCAAAAAAUUAAGGGAUACAUUCAGACUACUAUCCCUUACUCCUUGAUAAAAGAUGAUGUAGAGAGAGAAUAUUAUGACUAAAUAAAUAAUUACAAAAGACUUCACUUGAGUUUGCAUGAGUCCGACUCGCCUUCUAAGUAAAUGUAUGAGCAGAACCAAGCACCUGAUGCAGAUAUAAAGUCUUUCGGUCAAUCUAUAAACACUAGGAAAAUGAAUUCGGAAUUCUCAACUGAGGCUAUCUAAUAGAAAGCCGCAAAAAGUGUGAGAAGAGUAAACUAUAUUGACUAGUAAAAUAACGAUAAUGAAUGGCUAAGAGAUUCUUUUAAUGAUAAGAAUUCACUGACAUUUUCGAAACACCCCUCUGUAAACUAAAAAAGAUAAACGCGCAUCAAGUUAGAUCAGCAUAACUGA